GUAUUCGGACCCCUCGAGUGUUUUUUUAUUAUAUAAUUGGAUUCUUUUGGAGACUCGGACGUGAAAGUACGUCUGUUAACUGUACAGCUCUUGGUCGGUGCGAGACGUGCUAUUCUCUUUCGCGCCGCUAGAGAGCGUCUCGGUGAGCAAGCACAACUUUCCUUGACCUGUUUGUUUGUGAGCUUUGGCGAAUAAAGAGAGACGGACAGCUCUCACUUUUGUUUAAAAUGUUAAUCCAAAAACAGGUUCGACGAAAUAUUACAUAAUAUAUGUCGCACGGGGCAAUAUAUUCUGAGUUAAACCAAAACGAGACGGCCACCGUAGCUUGUGCUAACACGGUAAAUUGUAAAUUAUGCAAAUUAAAUUGUGACGCCAUUUUAGGACUUCUCGCGAGUUUUGGGACAGCCAAUAGCUACUUUUCCUAAGUUGGCAACACUUCCUGGUUGGGGGACGGAUUUUUAUCCAUUUGCCUGUUUUUGUUUGUACGACAGUAUUGGUUUUAUUUUCCUCGUUCACGACUGAAGCCAGUGUUAUUUUUGGAGACGGUUCAAUUGUUACAUUCCAUGUGUGAUGGCAAACGAACGGCUCAGAGCUCUGGAGGACGUUGAGAAGGAGAUAGCGAUGGUCCUGCAAUGUGCUGGUAACAUAGUGUUGGAACUUUCUAAAGACAAACAGAAUGCCAACCUGCUGGAAAGACAGCUGGUCCAAUUCCAGAGCUCCGUCAACAGAGUGGAGAACGAACUGGGUGGCCAAAUCCGCUACCUUACACAGGUGGCUACGGGUCAACCUCAUGAAGGAUCCACAUAUUCAUCCAGGAAGGACUGUCAGAUGGCGCUCAACAGAGCCGAGUACGCCAAGGUGAAACUGGGAGAACUGGGCCGCACCUGUGAAGUCAUGCUGGAUCAGCAGCAGGCCUCUUGAAUGUGGACUUUUAAGUGAUCACAUUUCGGUUACAUUUAUGUGCUUCAUAUUUAUUUGUACAAACUUGAUUACAAGAUCAAUUUUGAAGACAAUAACAUGAUCCAUUUUCAUGAUGUGUGAAGUACAUGAAAUAUCUCAGGUAUAAUUUGUGACAAUACUGCACACACAGUGGCCAUGUAAUGACUGCAUUCUUGAUUUAGGAUAUUCUAGCAACUUUUAAGCGACACCUGAGUUUGUCGAUGACUUCAGUGAAGACCUCACCAGUGUGGAUGUUAGCAAUUAAAACAAAGCUGAACAGUACUUGGGGUACAAAAGUACAUAGGCAGUGGAAUGACAAGGAUUAGAGUACAGAAUAAAACAGAUACACUACUGACAAAAAAAAAACAUUCCGGAUGAACCUAAAAUGCCCUCUGGUAUAAUCACAGGAGAGGUUCAUUGACCUUCUUUAAACUUUUGAAUGCACAUGUCUAACAUCUGAAUUUUCAGCUCUUUGUUAGAGAACAGAACAUUGUACUAAAAGCACUGACACACUCAACACUUGCAUUCAAAUGUUUUAAAUUAAGUUGGACUGUAUAGUGCAGAGGUAGGGAACCUAUGGCUCGGGAGCCAGGUAGGGCUCUUUUGAUGACUGUAUCUGGCUCUCAAGCAUUUCUUACCACAAUAAAAAUGUAUUUUUGCUAACAGUUUAAAGUAAACAUCACAGAAAUAAUAUUAAAUUAAAUAAUAUUAAAAAUCAACAACUUUUUUAUGCAUUUUAAUUCGUCCAUCUAUUUUCUACUGCAAUGCGGCUAAACUUUCUUGAAGAUAUUUUCCAGGUCAAACACCAAAACUUGAUUAUUACUGGGUAAUGCGGUAGUCUACCUCGGUCAUUGAGAUAUCAACAUGUAAAUGUAGACUUUCCUCCUUUAGUCAAAUAGUCACCUAGCUAAAGCUGCAGAACCAAGCCUUCUGACGAAGAUGGCCAAAAGAAUGAAAUAUACUGAGUAUGGUGCAAAAUUAUGCAGCAGCAGAAGUUGUAUUAAUGGCAGCAAGUAUUUGAUUUAUUAUUAGACACUGCGCUGCUCACGAAAGUGUGCUGGCCACACCCCAUUGGCGUGGGGUAGUGUGCCUGGUCUACAUAAUUAGAGCCCAUUAUAUCUAAAACUGUUGGUCUUACAUAAAAAUGCACACAUUUUAUUGCAUUCAAAAUGUAUAUGGCUCUCACAGAUACACAUUUUAAAAUAUCUGGCCUUCAUGGCUCUCGUAGCCAAAAAGGUUCCCGACCCCUGGUAUAGUAGUGCCUUUUAGGUUCAUCCUGAUAUUUGACUGAAUAUGGUCAAGUAGUGGAAUUUUCAAUUACAAUUUAAGAAGUGAACUUGCAAACUCAUUAGAAAACCUGUAAAAAAAUACCCCCUUGAUUGUUCACAAGACAGCAAAAUACCUGCACAUGUGAUCGUCCUGUUUGGAUGUCAGCGUCUAACAAAGGGGGUCGACAUUAGACCCCGUCAAACGCAGGCGCGCAAAGUCUUCGAACACAAAGUCUUCACCCUGAGAAGACCUGCAGAAAAAAAAACCUUGUUGAAAGUGAAAUUUAUGACUCUUCGAGUCCUGAAAGUACAGGAGUGACCAACUGAAUCCAAAAAGACACACACACACUCACCUCAUAUCAAAAUCUAUGAGGUUUGUAUCCACAGGAGCAUCAGCAGCUGGAGACAGGAAAAGACAAAACAAAUUAAAGUGCGUAAUAAUCCCACCGGUUGAUGCGGAUUAAUACAUCAGUGAGGUGUGUGUGUGUGUUUUUUUAAUACCUGGCUGCGGGCUGGGCUGGCCGGGUGGUUUGGGAUGCAUCAAGACAAAUGGAAGCUCCACUGCGAUGUCCCUACACACA